AGUCAAUCCGUAUUUUCUUGUUCAGGAACUGUCCGGAGAACAGUCUGCUGUUGCUGUCAACAACAGGCUGGGUGGUAAGGCAAGACCAGACAGACUGACAGCGAUAUCCAAAGGACUGAGAACUCUGACAGCAUUCCCCCCUUUGUCAUACACGCUGCGUCAUCCUCUGGCAGUACAUUUGCGACUUCAGUUCUUUCUUGUCGCUGGAAAAUGAACUCCGCAAACGGCCAUUGAGGACCAUGGGUUCACAACACCCAGUAUAGCCCCAUGCAGACAGACCCUCAUGCUGGGGUGGACCGAAUACUCACGGCUCUGAGCCUCUGGGAUCUGCGCGAUGACCAGUCGGCAGGGCGGCCAUGCCGAGAGACAGCCGCCGCCGCCGCCGCCGUCCGCCUCGCGCCUGCCCGCAGCGGCGGCCAAGCUGCAGGUCCAGCACCCCUUGUCCCGCGACAACAUCACCAUCCACUUCUCCGCUCUCGGCAAGGGGGAAGAGGAGGAGGAGGAAGAGCUGUACGGGACGGCGGCCCCUUCCUCCACUCCCGCCGCCGCGCUGGCAGGUAAAGUGGACGACGGGGGCAGGGUCGCCGAGGCCCAGGAGGCCAGCGAGGGCCUGGGGUACGGAGACGGCGCCACCUCCAUGACCGGCCCCACCGUGAUUCCCAUGUUCUCCUCCUCCUCCACCGUGAGCCUCCCCUCGGCGUCGUCCUGCCCACAGGACCUGGGCCCGGCGCAGCCCCUCACAUCCUCCGGCUCGUCCUCCGGCUCCGCGGCCAAGGGAGCGGCCGCUACCCCGGCUCCGGCCUCUGCUGCUGCGCCCAAGAGCUCCUCACCCUCCCGGUCCAUCACCCUCCCCUCCGCUGACAAGCCCUUCCUCCAGCUCAUUAAGUCCCUGUCCUCGGACCUGGAACCACGGGACGGCAUGCGCCACCGCCAGAUCAUGAAGAACAUCGUCAAGUCCCUGUCCAGCGACAACUCCUCCUCCUCUUCCUCCUCCUCUUCGCAGGACGCCUCGGCGUCCUUCCGCCUGCCGGACUCGCGCCUCAACCUGCAGCUCUUCAAGCCGUUUUCACAGCCCCGCAUGACUACAGGCGCCUCGUCGACGUCGUCGUCAGCGGCAACGGGCGACUCCAAGACCGCGCCGUCGUCCCCGCUCACCUCGCCGGAGAGCCGCUUCUCGUUAGCGGAGGUGGAGGCGCGCAUCGAGGACACCAAGCGCCGCUGGUCCGAGGCCAUGUACGAGCCCCUGCAGCGGCUGAGCAAGAUCAUGGGCGACGAGAGCGGCGCCGGCCUCUACCGGCCCAAGGGCCUGUCCACUAGUGCCUCGGAGCUCUCCAGUCUGGCUGGCCUCAACGGCCACCUGGAGAGCAACAACAACAACUACAGCAUCAAGGAGGAGGAGGCUGACGACUCGGACGGGGAGGGGACGGCCAGCGCCGUGUCCGCCGCCGAGUCGCCCUUGGCCUUCGAGAAGUGCUCCAUGUCGGCCCUGGCCAGGCAAGAGGACGAGGAGUUCUGCGAGCUGUACAGCGAGGACUUCGACUUCGCCACGGACAACGAGAACGAGACGGACGCCGAGCGCACAAGCGACUCCGCGGCCAGGGGCAGGAGCAGGGGCGCCCACCUGGCGAGCACAGACCCCUACAGCGACGACGAGCAGGAGGGAGUCGAGCCGGCACCGAGCGUCCCCCUCACGACCCUGUUUGCACUGACCCUCCUCACCUACGGCUAUUUCGUGGUGCCCCUGCCCGACUAUGUGGGCACGAUGGUGGUCGGGAUGGUUCUGGGGUUCAUGGUGACCAUCGGAGCCGUCUGGCUGGCUGGACCGAAGCAAUCCGGAGGGCCGCCUGGACGCAGAAGGAGCAGGAAGGAGAUGUGGAGCUCGGCACAGCUGGACAUCAAAGAGCCAGGGAUGUUUAAGGGCUGGAUGAACGAGAUCCAGAGCUACGACCCGGAGACGUACCAUGCCACGCUGACCCACUCGGUGUUCGUGCGGCUGGAGGGCUCCACGCUGCGCCUCUCCCGGCCCAACCGCAACAUCGCCCGCCGCGUCACCAUCAACGAGUCCAAGCCCGACGUCACGUACGUCAGCCAGAAGAUCUACGACCUCACUGACAGCAAGAUCCAGCUGGUGCCCCAGAACCUGGCCAGGAAGCGGGUGUGGAAUAAGAAGUACCCCAUCUGCAUCGAGCUGGGCAAGCAGGACGACUUCAUGUCCAAGGCCGAGGGCGAGCCGGACGAGGAGCGGACCAACUUCCUGACGGACAGGUCAGAGGUCACCACAGGAGCGGAGGAGGUCAAGAGGCCCGGUCAGGAGACCGGGCGGCUGUCUUCGGGGUCCAAGAGCAACGUGCCGACGCUGUACCUGUUUGGGAGGACGGGGCGCGAGAAGGAGGAGUGGUUCCAGAAGCUUCUGCAGGCCUCCAGGCUGAAGGCGGAGAUGGCCAGGAAGGCGUCCAGCCUGCCCCUGAGUAAGAGCGCAGCCAACCUGACCUCCCACAGUCGCAGCAGCAGCCGCAGCAGUCUGGACGAGCUGCUGUCCGCUGUCCAGCCGCGGCAGAAGGACGCCUCCGGCCCGUCUCCGUCUCCGGUGCCGCCCCGCCCGCGGCCCCAGCUGGACUACAGUGUGUACAUGUCCCGCUGCAUGCCCUCGCAGGACCAGCCUCAGCAGCAGAUGGCCAGUCCGGUGUCCGGCAGCCCCCAGCAGAGCCCACACAGCAGCCCAGGGGCCAGCAAGAAGCUGCCAGGGAGCCUGAAGAAGGAGGAGGAGUCGGUGGCCUGGGUGAACGCCCUGGUGGGCCGCGUGGCCUGGGACUUCCUGGGGGAGAAGUACUGGGUCGACUGGGUCUCCAAGAAGAUCCAGAUGAAGCUGAGUAAGAUCAGGUUGCCGUACUUCAUGAACGAGCUGACGCUGACUGAGCUGGACAUGGGCUUCUCCACUCCCAGAAUCCUCCAGGCCUCCAAGCCCUCGGUCGACCACCAAGGUCUGUGGUUUGACCUGGAGGUUUCCUACAAAGGCUCUUUCCUCAUGACGCUGGAGACCAAGAUGAACCUAGCCCGGCUGGGCUUAAGAGAGCAGCUUUGGAGAAGUUCAGCAGGAUACUCCAGACCACGAGCCUACUGCCUGGCAGACAGUGAUGAGGAGUCCUCCAGCGCGGGCUCGUCUGAUGAAGAGGAUCCCCCUGAGCUGACAGCUGACCAGACGCUUGGAGCUGAAGGGUUUGUGGGAGGCCACAAGCACAGUAAGAUCAUGCGCUUCGUGGACAAGAUCACCAAGUCCAAGUACUUCCAGAAAGCCACGGAGACGGAGUUCAUUAAGAAGAAGAUGGAGGAGGUGUCCAACACACCGCUGCUGCUCACUGUGGAGGUGCAGGAGUGCCGGGGGACGCUGGCCGUCAACAUUCCCCCACCCCCCACCGACAGGAUAUGGUAUGGCUUCCGCACCCCUCCACAGCUGGACCUGAGGGCACGGCCCAAACUGGGAGAGAGGGAGGUCACGUUUGCACACGUCACCGACUGGAUCGAGAAGAAACUCUACCAGGAGUUCCAGAAAAUCCUGGUGAUGCCCAACAUGGACGACGUGUGGCUCCACAUCAUGCAUUCUGCCAUGGACCCGCGCUCCCACCCGCCCUCGUCCGAGUGCGAUGCCGCCCUCCCCAGUGACCUGUGACCUGAACGUGGGCGGCCCUCCAGUAUUCCGUGAGCGGUCCCCUGCGCGCACGCUCCACCUCUACACUACCGACCGCACCGUCACCGCUGGUGCCACAUUCCUAUGAAGGACGACCAUGACCUUGACCUUUUGACCUCUCAAAGAUAAAUAAAGAAGUAAAUACAUUUUAAAAAUAAAUACAUAACCUCUGAAGAUGAUGCCAUGAAGGAAACACUUCCACUUUUGCUGCUUGGAAAACUUUUUUUUAAAUUGCCUCCAAAGUCGGGAGAAGUAGAAAAUGCAUGGAGACCAAACCAGUUCAUCUGUGUGAUGGAGAGUUUUUAUGGAGACGCCGUGAAUUAUGUCAUUAGACAGCCUGUAAG